GGUUUACUAUUAAUCUAGUCUAUUGCUGAGAUGUACAUGUUUUAUAGAGAGCACCCUACUUUACCAUUGCGGGUGCUCUGACGAACUGUGGGCAGCAGUAGAAGUAGCGCGGCAACCAACGUUGACGUGCAGUCUUGUUGAUACUGUUCAAAGUCGCUAAUCUUGACGAGGUCAAAAUUCAGUUAGUAGAUAAUACUACUAUACUAACGCGGUCGAAAUCGGUGACGCUCGUCCUGCUCUGUGCUCAAGCUACCUACCUAAGGCAUUUCUUUGUGGCUAAGAAUUUUUUUACGAAAAGUUUAAGUUUUACGCAGGUCCAUGGUCAAUGGUAGUUUAACUCAACCCAUCAGGUCAAUUUCCUCCCACGAUUUUCUGUUCCCCACGUUUACUCAGCCAACCCUUCUUGACCUACUGUAGCUGUUCUUUGUCCCCUCUUAUCUUUGUUCAUCAAGCAGCUCCUCCUCCUCCUCUCCCCUUUCCUGUUGCUCUUCAGUUCAUCAUCACCACGCCUUGGAGCAGAUGCAUCCCCUGUGUGCGCUGCCACUCCUCAUCACCCUACUGCUGAUCUCUUCAGUGCCACUUUCUGUACAAGAAUCCGAUGCCUUCUUCCGGUACACAAAUUGUACCACAGCUUCUUACCAGUGCGGAUCACUCAAGCUCGACGUCGAUUACCCCUUCUCGGCGAAUGGCGUCGACCGUCCAAACUACUGCUCUUACCCUGGGUACCGUCUCAUCUGCAACCCAGACAACAAGCUGAUGAUCCACAUGAAUUCCACCGUGUUCCAGGUUACAGAUAUCGACUAUGGCAACAAGUUUCUUGCGGUCAUCGAUCAAACUCAACCUCAGGAGACAUGCCCGGAUCGCUAUCACAACACCACCAUCGACGAGAGCAGGUUCAUGUACACAGACCUUGAUCAGUUCCUGACGGUCUAUGUCAACUGCAGUGCCAAGUCUUCAUCUCUGCCUUUUAUCUAUGAUCUUCUGUCAUGCGUUUCUGGGGGAAGCUCCUACUAUAGGCUGCACAAGAACAAGGAUGACUCGUUGGAAUCAGAUAUUCUGGGAUCAUGCAGCUCAAGUUUCGUUGUUCCAUUCAAUUCAACCAUGGCAGGCUCAUUGGCUGCCGGAAAUUCUAGCCUUGUGGAUGUGAUUAGAGGGGGUUUCACGGCGAGAUGGAAAGUUGGGGUAGGUUGGUGUAGUGAUUGUAAGGCUUCUGGAGGGCAUUGUGGGUUUAAUGGCAGUUUUCCUGAUCAGUAUACAUGUUACUGUCCUGAUGGUCAGGCUAUCGGAUCAUGUUCUUCAUCAGGAUCAAAGAUAUCGAAGAAAAAGGCUAUUGCAAUAGGUGUAUCAGUCGUUUCAGGUGUAAUUUUAUUGUUCCUGCUUCUCAUGUGCACCUUGUGUGUUAAGAAGUUCUGGCAUGGUCUAUUGUCCUCGAUGGGAAAAUCCAAAGAAGCACCAAACAUCGAGUCCUUCUUGCAAAAGCAUGAAGCUCAACACCCAAAGAGAUAUUCUUACUCAGAAGUGAAAACAAUGACCAAAUCUUUUAGUCACAAGCUCGGCCAAGGUGGCUUUGGUACUGUUUACAUGGGCAAGAUGCCAAAUGGCAAGCCAAUUGCAGUGAAGUUACUGAAGUCUUGCAAGGAUGAUGGCCAAGAAUUCAUGAAUGAGGUAGCAAGCAUCAGCAGAACUUCUCAUGUUAACGUUGUCACCUUGUUGGGAUAUUGUAUUGUUGAGAUUAUAGACAUAUAAUGAUUUAAUCUAUUCCAUAAAUAAAUCAUGACAUUACAGAUGAAAA